AUGAGUUGUUUAUGUGCUGGUUGCGGUGACAAGGGUGAGAUAAAGGUAGUCCCCGACCAUAGAGUGGAUAUUAAGGAAAUACAGUCUAUUCCUAAAAAGAAGAAUACGUUAGUUAACCCUAACACCGUUUUGGAAAUAGAACCUGAUAAGAAUAUGAAAAAGCAAAUAACGUUUAGACCAAAAGUUGAUAUAAUGUAUGACUCUGAAACCUGUCAAGCGAUCUUAGUUUUAGACAUACCAGGAUUUAAAAUUGAAGAUAUAGAUGUAGAAAUAGGAGAAGGAAUGUUAACGAUUGCAGGACCGAGAUCUCAAACAGAAUUAUUUGAAACUUAUGGUGACAAUUUAAUUCUGCAUGCAAAAGAAAGAGAAGUGGGAUAUUUUAAAAGAAUUUUCAAAUUGCCCCACAACAUACUGGAUGAUACAGCUAAGGCCGUGUACAAAAACGGAAUUUUGGAGAUAAAAAUGGAGUGUAAGCAAUUCUCGUACAUGCACAAGGUGGAAAUAAGUCAAGGUUAA